AUCUGUCCUUCGCAGUCAAGAAGCCAUGAGGUCUCUCGUGCUGUAUGCAGGUGUUGCGGCACUGUUGGCAGUGUGCCACGGUUGUUCAACGGGACAAGACUUCAUUGCAACAUUUCUUCCAAACUACUACACGAAGAGCCAAAGGCUCCAAUUAGUUCUCACGGCCAGAGAAUCAGAAGCCAAGGUCCUCAUUGAGGUUGGUUCCCUGAAGUUCUCCAAAGAGCUGACUCUGUCUCCAGGGGAAACCCGCUGGGUGGCUGUCCCACCAGGAGCACAGCUCCAGCAGCCCCAGAACCCUCCACACUCAGCGGUUCACAUCUCCUCCACUGCCCAUAUCUCUGUGGUCGCCUUCAACCAACAAGCCUUCACCAGCGACGGCGCAGUGAUCACCCCUACAGACCAGCUGGGUGUGGAAUACAGGGUGUUCACCCCAGCCGGAGGCACUUUGGAAAAGCAACUGGCUGUCGUCAAUGGCAACAGUCCCAACAAGGUCACUUUCCAGCCAACAACGAACAUGAAGGUCAAAGGGUUGGGUUUAUGGAAAGGCGGGAGUGCAAUCACAUUUGCAUUGAAACCCUAUCAAACCUUCCUGGUUCAAAGCCUUUCCACUCUGACAGGCAUGCAGAUUAAAUCACAGAAGCCUCUGGCGGUAUUUUUUGGCCACAAGUGUUAUGGUUCACCUUGUGACCACUUGUACAAACAACUACCACCGGUGAGCCAGCUCGGUAAAGAAUACAUGGUGCCCCCUGGCAUGAAAAGUCCGGCGCAAUCCUGGGUUGAGGUCGUUGCAACUGAGGACAACACGGAGGUGUCUGUGUACAAUGGGAAAGGCGCAGCGAAAAGAAAAAUUAGCAAACUGAAGAAAGCUGGGGAGACCAUUUCGGAGCAGGUCACGCCCAACCAACCAUUGUUGGUGACGGGCAACAAGAAGCUGCUGGUGGUAUUCCUGAGCAAAAAAAGAGUCCAUGACCCCAUCAUGCUAGUGCUGCGUUCAUCAGACAGGCUCGCUAGUGCCUGGUCACUGGAGACCGUGGAUAAGAUGAUUAGCACCGCAGUAAUCCUCUCAGAGCAGGAGGGUCGCGACAGUGUCAAGGUGUGCAUAAAUUCCAGCUGUAGCUCCCCCAUGUGGAGUAAGCACCAGGCAGGAGCCAAGUGGGUCUGGGCAAGGGUGCCCCUGGGGAAAGGGCAGAACCAUGUGACAGUGGACGGGGAUUCUGGCAUGGUAGUGUACGUCUACGGGGGUUCACCUAGCGAAGGAUAUGCAACCGCUGGAGUCUGUUCUGAGGCCCUCCCCCCUGUUGCACCCCCCCUAGAUCCUUGUGACGGGGUCUCAUGCCGAGAGAAGGAAGUUUGUUCAAAGGGUUCAUGUGUCCAUGUCUCCACGGCAACAUGCCAGGCGUUAGGUGACCCCCACUACAAGACUUUUGAUGGCCGUCGUUUUGACUUCCAGGGCACCUGCACCUACAUUAUGACAACAGUCGCUAAAGCAGACAAAGACCUGACGCCCUUCACUGUUACAACCAAGAACGAUCAUCGUGGUAACCGUAGGGUGUCCUUUGUUAGGACUGUGGUCGUCAACGUCUACGACAUCAAUGUAAUCAUAAGCAGACACAGAGGACGAGUCCAGGUGAAUGGAGAGCUAGUCAACCUACCAGUGAGUUUGUCUGGCGGUCGAGUCUCAGUGAAACAGCGCAGACAUUAUGCCGUGCUCACCACGGACUUUGGCCUGACCGUCAGAUACAACUGGAACAUGAGACUGUACAUCUCAGUGCCCUCAUCCUACUACAAGCAUCUCGGGGGCCUUUGUGGGAACUACAAUGGGGACAGAAGAGACGACCUGCCAACACCAGGGGGUGUAUCCAGUGUUCUCAAGAUGAUCAGUUCCUGGAAGGUGAAAGACGUGGACCCCUUCUGUCGGGAUAGCUGUGGCGGGAAAUGUCCCUAUUGUUCUGAGAAGCAGAAACAUCACUACCUCAGACCAAAACUCUGUGGACUUCUAAAUGAAAAAGACGGGCCAUUUGCUGUCUGUCACAAAACAAUAAACCCUGAAAUGUACAGUGCCAACUGUGUGUACGAUGUGUGCACCAAUCAAGGUGCUAGACACAUCCUGUGUGACAAUCUGAAGAGCUACAGCGAAGACUGCAUGUCUGAGGGAGUCAAAAUAAAUCCACUGUGGAGGGAGAUUGCCAACUGUCCCCUGUCGUGCCCAGCGGGGAGUCACUAUGAGGCCUGUGGCUCGGCCUGUCCCACAUCCUGCACGGACCGAGACACUGAGCAAACAUGCAAAUCCCCCUGUGUGGAGGGAUGCUCCUGUAACAAAGGCCUGGUGCUCAGUGGGGAUAGAUGUAUCCCUCAGUCCUCCUGUGGCUGCCAGCAAAAAGGACGAUAUUACCCACAAGGCAGUGUGUUCUGGGCCGACGACAAGUGCAGCAGCAAGUGUCACUGUGAUGCUAAAAGUGGGAAGAUAAUCUGCAAACCGGUAGGCUGUAAGACGAGCGAGCGCUGUUCCCUGAAGGGGGGGGUCCGAGACUGCUACCCGCUGUCCUCAGCCACCUGUCAGGGCACCGGAGACCCCCACUACAAAACCUUUGACGGGCGCCGCUACGACUUCCAGGGCACCUGCAUCUACGUGCUCUCCCAGACGGUCCAUAGUCCCCUCCCUGACCUCCUGCCCUACCAGGCUCUGGUCCAGAACGAGAAUAGGGGCAGGAACAGGGCCGUGGCCUACACCAAGUCUGUUUCUUUGACUGUGUACAACUUCACCAUCAGCAUGAACAGCGACAGCCCGGGAAAAGUGCUGGUGAACAGCCGAUCUGUGAACCUGCCCUACACCGCGUUGGAAGGGAAGCUGUCCUUGUUCCGCCAGGGCAGCUUCUGCUUUGUGCAGACACACUUUGGCUUGACUCUGAAGUUCAACUGGAGGAGCCAUGUCAGCCUGACGGUGCCUAGCACCUACGCUGGCUCUGUCGAAGGUCUGUGUGGUGAUUACAACGGUAAGGCCGGGGAUGACCUGCAGAAACCAGACAGGUCCCCGGCCAAAGGCCCUACAGACUUUGGGAACAGCUUCAAGGUUGGAGGGGACGUGGGGUGCACCAGCGAGUGUCCCGGGGGUAAAUGUCCUGUCUGCGAGCCAACACUGGCCAUACGUUAUCAAAAGAAAGACUCCUGCGGGAUUAUCGCCAACAAGGCAGGACCUUUCAGAGAUUGCCACGCUAAGUUCGACCAUACCGAGUACCUCAACGACUGUGUAUUUGACCUUUGUGCGUACAAGGGCCACAUUACUGCCCUCUGCAACAGUCUGACAAGUUACCUGGUAGUUUGUCAAGCAGCCGGCGCUGUGGUGGAGAACUGGAGGACCCAACAAUUCUGCCCCCUCCGCUGUGGGGCCAACAGUCACUACGAAGCGUGCGCCGUGCCGUGCCCCCAGACCUGCGACGGCUUCGGCCCCGCGGAGGGCUGUGACGUGGAGGCCCCCUGCGGUGAAGGCUGUGUCUGUGACGAUGGAUUCCUGCUCAGUGAUGACCAGUGUGUAGCCGUGGCAGAAUGUGGCUGCCAGUACAAUGAGCAGUAUUACCGCAGUGAACAGGUGUUUUAUGGUGCGGACUGCGGGAGCAGGUGUGUCUGUCUGGAAGGACAGGUGAAGUGUGAUGACUCUUUCACCUGCUCAGCCAAUGAGAAGUGUGCUCUGGAGUCGGGCGUGUUCUCCUGUGUUCCCAAAACAACCGGCUCUUGCUCGGUGUUCGGGUCUUGCUCAGUGAGGACACUGGACGGAAAGUCUUACCCUCUUUGGGGAGAAUGUGGCUUCAUUCUAUCGGAGGUGGAAGAAAAGGCAGGAGUGAUUUCGGGCUUCUCUCUGUCAAUACAACAGAGCACCACUAAAGGAGGUCAAGUCUACCGCAGUGUGACGUUGAAGGCAUACAAUUAUGAGAUCACCAUGAGGCCGGGGGUUGUCUGGGAAGUCCUGAUUGAGGACAUCAGAACCAACCUCCCUCUGUCAUUGGACGACGGCAAGAUUGAGGUGCAUCAGGGUGGCAGUAGCAUCGUCAUAAAGACUGACUUUGGCCUCCAUUUGACCUACGACACUCUAGCAGGCGUCGUGCUGACGCUCCCGUCCACCUACGGCGGCGUGCUGCGCGGCCUGUGCGGCGACUUUAACGGCGAUCCAUCCGAUGACUUCGCUUUGGCCGGACAAACCGGAGAGCCGUCCGUGGGGGACUUCAUCGCAGAGUGGACCAGCAAAGACGUGCCCUGCGAGCCGGGAUGCAAAGGGCCGACCUGCACCGAAACGGGAGGAUCAGAGAACCCCGAAACCAAACACUGCGACAUUAUUAAAUCACCGAAGGGCCCCCUCGCAGGGUGCCAUGCGGCAGUGCCACCUCUCCCCUACUUUGAGGCUUGUGUCAGUGAGAUCAGCCACGGGGGCGGGCAGGACGUGGUGUGUCGGCACAUCCAGGACUACGUUUCCAUCUGUCAGUCAUCGGGGGCCACUGUUGCCGAGUGGAGAGUGCAUGGCUUCUGUGUCGCUUCCUGUCCCAGCGGGACUCACUACGAGCUGUGCCCGGACACCUGCACCGCCACGUGUGCCCACCUGGCGGCGCCGGGCCCCUGCCCCCGCUGCCACGAGGGCUGCCAGUGUGACGGGGACCUGGUGUUCGACGGGGGCCGCUGUGUGCCCACCGAGCGCUGUGGGUGCUCCGUGGAGGGCCAGUACUACAAGUCAGGUGAAUCAGUCCUGCAAGAGGACUGCUCAGAGAGAUGCGAGUGUGGCGCCGGUAUCUUUAACUGCAGCGCUACCAGCUGUCAGAACGAGGACAAAUGUGACGUCAAGGAUGGAACCCUGGGUUGUAACCCGAUCGACCCCUGUGCCGGGGCCAGCUGCAGGGUGAAGGAGCACUGUGAGGUGAAGGAGGGCCAGGGGGUAUGUGUCCCUGACUCUAUGGCGGUGUGCUGGGCCUACGGUGACCCCCACUACAGCACCUUCGACGGCUGGACCUACGGUUUCCAGGGAACCUGCAGCUAUGUCCUCGUCAACACCACAGGUAAAGACCCGGACCUCCCGGAGGUGCUGGUGCUGAGUAAGAACGAGCUGAGGGGGAACUUUGUGGGCUCUUUCCUCCGCUCCAUCACCGUGGUGCUGCUAGGCUACACCAUCGAGAUGCCCAGUGGCCUCAGAGGAACUGUACUGGUUGACGGUAUUAAAGCCAAUUUGCCGGUUGACCUGGCAAGAGGCAUCUCCAUCACCGAGUCUGGGAUCAGAGGAGUCAUCAAAACCGACCUAGGUAUAGAGAUCUCUUUCGAUUGGUCUACGGUUGCUUCGGUUGCCCUCAGUAGCAGUUACUACGGGAACGUCGACGGACUCUGCGGCAACUACAACGGCAACAAAGAGGACGAACUAAACACAACCGCAGGAACUCCGUACGCAAACGUAACGGACUGGGCUGGUUCGUGGAGUGUGACGGACGGGGACCCCUUCUGCUACCACCACUGUGAGGGCACGUGUCCACAGUGUUCCCCCGAGGACCAGAAGCGGUAUGCUGGCCAUGAGUUUUGCGGCAUUGCAGAGGAUAAGAAGGGGCCUUUUGCGAGCUGCCAUCCUAGUGUGGACAUCAAACAGUUUAUGUACGACUGCUUGUAUGAUGUUUGUGUGAACGAGGGGAGUCAGGAGGUUCUCUGUGAGGCACUGUCUAGUUAUAACGCUGAAUGCCAGAAGGCUGGAGUCACCGUCUCACAAUGGAGAGAAUUAGCAAACUGUGCCCUGGCCUGUCCCGUGAACAGCCAUUACAAAGAGUGUGGGCCAGCGUGUCCAGAGACCUGCAGUCCUGCUCCCGACCUGUGCUCCACGGUCUGCUCAGAAGGCUGCUUCUGCGACCCUGGCUUUGUGCUCAGUGGAGAGAAGUGUGUGGACAAGGCAACCAGCUGUGGCUGCAAUCACGAAGGCCGCUACCAUCUGCCCGGUGAGUCGUUCUGGGCGGACUCGGAGUGCAACAGCAGAUGCGUGUGUGACAGAGCGACGCAGCAGGCGCAGUGUCACCCGAGGGGCUGCAAGGCCGACGAGCACUGCGCCGUGAGGGACGGGGUCCAGGACUGCUUCCCCCUGAGCUUCAAGACCUGCUCGGCCCAGGGAGACCCACACUUCCACACCUUCGACGGCCGCAAGUUUGAUUUCCAGGGCAACUGUGUCUACCAGUUUGCCAGCGUGUGUAAAAACACAACGGGACUGGAGAAGUUUGAGGUUAGCCUAGAAAACAAUAAUCGUGGCUCCAAAAGAGUUUCCUAUGCAAAAACAGUGACUGUUAAGGUCUACGGCAACACGUACAUCAUUUCUAAAGACUACCAAGGACAAGUCCAGGUGGAUGGGGAGGCAGUCUACCUUCCAUUCUCCUCAAACCAAUCACUGGUCACGGUUCAUAGAAGAAACAGGCGGGCCGUCCUGGAAACCAGUUUCCUGAAGGUCUCUUAUGAUUGGCGUAGUGCCGUGAAGGUGAUAGUAGCGACCACUUAUCACAACGCGUUAUGUGGUCUCUGUGGAAACUUCAACAAUGAUCCAAAAGAUGACCUCAUGCUGGCCAGUGGGAAAGCUGCUUCCAAUGCAAAGGAGUUUGGAAUCAGCCAAUGGCUUGCCAGCGUGCCAGGCUGUUCUCAUGAGUGUAAGGACUGUGCACCAGAGCUGAGCCCUGGCAGUGUGCCCCCUGCCUACAAGGCGACCUGUGAGGUGAUCAGGAAGCGGGACGGGCCCCUGAGGGACUGUGCGCGGCUCCUGGACGCGGAGCAGUACUACGGGGACUGUGUGUUCGACAUGACGCUGACCAACGGGAAGGCCGCCGCCGCCUGCGACAUCAUCAGCGACUACGUGGACGACUGCCAGCAGCAGGGGGGCACCGUGGAGGACUGGAGGAGCAAGAACUUCUGCUGGAUGCAGUGUCCAGCCAACAGUGUGUACAGCCUGGCAGCCCCAGGAUGUCCGGCCACCUGUGGGUCUUUGUCCCCCUCCUUUAAAUGUCGAGACCCCUCCGCCGAGGGCUGCGUCUGCCAACAAGACUUCGUGCUCAGUCAGGAUCGCUGCGUACGACUGAACCAGUGCGGCUGCCAGUAUGAAGGGCGCUACCUCCUAGAUGGGUCACAGGUGAUCACAGACGGCUGCAAGCGCGUCUGUAACUGCCAGCAUGGGAUGGUCAAGUGCGUGAACAACAAGUGUCACAAGAAAACCAGUUGUCAGCUCAGGAAAGGGGCGUGGGGAUGUUACAAAGUCCAGAAACAAGGACUGUUAGGGUUCCUUCACAACAUAUUGCACGGCUAGUCUAUAUGAUUGGUUACUAUGACAGAAAUGUGAGAUUGUUGACUACUGAUACUUUCCAUCUGGUUCAUAUUACUUCCUUUUGUUUGAUUCCUUCCUGAUUUUCUUGCAUAAAUAAUAAAACACUGUUGCAUUAAA